UGAAUACAGUUGGACUCUGUCAAACAAAAUAAUUUUCUCUCUCUAUCUAUUUCACUCCAAAUUUUAACUCAUUUUUUUCAGUUCUGUCCUAAUAUUUUUUUCUUUUCUCAUUUUCUCCGGCGACAAUUUUUCUCUCUUCUCACAGCCUUUGACUUACUCCACCGAUCACAACCACUGCCGCCGACUUAGCCACCCAUGGGUCAUUGCUGCAGCAAAAACACUGCAGUCGACAGCGACACCGUCGCCGAUCACAACCUCAAAUCAUCUAACCACGAUGUAUCACAAACUUCCCACCCUGCCGGAAACUCAGUCUCCGGCGUCAGUGAUGCUACUCCAGGAAGACAAACCCCGGCGACAUCGUUUUCCACUAGUCCUUUUAAUAGUCCUCUUCCUGCUGGCGUGGCGCCGUCACCGGCUGCCAGGACUCCUGGAAGGAAAUUCAGGUGGCCGCUUCCUCCGCCGUCUCCGGCAAAGCCGAUAAUGGCGGCUUUGAUGCGGAGGCAGGGGAAGACGAAACCGAAAGACGGACCGAUACCUGAGGAACAAGGGGAAGGUGGGGAGGGAGAGAGGACGUUGGAUAAGAGCUUUGGAUAUGGGAAGAAUUUUGGGGCGAAGUUUGAGCUUGGGAAGGAAGUUGGACGAGGGCAUUUUGGUCAUACUUGUUGGGCUAAAGGGAAGAAAGGUGAACUUAAGGGAGUAUCAGUGGCUGUCAAAAUCAUAACCAAAGCUAAGAUGACUUCAGCAAUUGCAAUUGAAGAUGUGAGAAGGGAGGUGAAAAUGUUGAAAGCCUUGUCCGGACAUAGGAAUUUGGUCAAGUUUUAUGAAGCAUUUGAGGAUGCGAAUAAUGUCUACAUUGUGAUGGAGUUAUGCGAGGGUGGAGAAUUAUUGGACAGAAUUCUAGAUAGAGGUGGAAGAUACACAGAGGAGGAUGCCAAAGUUAUUCUUCUACAAAUUCUUAACGUAGUUGCGUUUUGUCAUCUUCAAGGAGUUGUUCAUCGUGAUCUAAAACCAGAGAAUUUUCUUUUUCUCUCAAAAGAUGAGGAUGCUGUUCUGAAAGUUAUUGAUUUUGGUCUAUCUGAUUUUGUCAGGCCAGAUCAACGCCUUAAUGAUAUUGUUGGUAGUGCCUAUUAUGUUGCACCUGAAGUGCUCCAUAGAUCUUACAGUGUUGAAGGAGACUUAUGGAGUAUUGGAGUUAUAUCGUACAUAUUGUUAUGUGGAAGUAGACCGUUUUGGGCGCGGACUGAAUCGGGAAUCUUCCGGUCUGUGCUAAGAGCAAAUCCUAACUUUGAUGAUUCACCUUGGCCAUCCAUAUCACCGGAAGCUAAAGACUUUGUGAAGAGACUUUUGAACAAGGACCAUCGGAAAAGGAUGACAGCUGCUCAAGCUCUAUCUCACCCAUGGUUGAGAGAUGAAAGAAAUGCCAUUCCUUUAGAUAUUCUGAUUUACAAGUUAGUCAAGACAUACGUGCGUGCCUCACCUUUGAAACGUUCGGCAUUGAAGGCUCUCUCAAGAGCAUUGCCAGAGGAUGAGGUUACCUACCUUACAGCACAAUUUAGCCUCUUGGAACCUAAAGAUGGUUGCGUUUCGCUUGAGAAUUUCAGAGUUGCUCUCAUGAAAAAUGCAACUGAUGCCAUGCGGGAAGCAAGGGUCCCUGACAUUCUAAAUUUGAUGGAUCCACUCUCCUAUAAAAAACUGGACUUCGAAGAGUUUUGCGCUGCCGCAAUCAGUGUAUACCAGCUUGAAGUUCAUCCAGAAUGGGAUAGAAUUUCCACCACAGCAUUUGAUUAUUUUGACGAGGCAGGGAACCGUGUCAUUUCACUCGAGGAGUUGGCACAGGAGAUGAAUUUGGGUCCUUCUGCUUACUCUUUAAUGGGUGACUGGAUCAGAAAAUCUGACGGAAAACUCAGCUUGGUCGGAUAUACAAAAUAUUUGCACGGUGUCACAAUUCGUACAAAUACAAGACACCGAUAGUUACGACAAUUAAAAGAAGAUUUUAUUAUAUUUAUUGAAAUUUAAAUUAGUUGGUGUUCUUUUCAUUUUUUAAAAAUUGAAAUUGAUAUAUUUUUCUUUUUUAAAUUUGAAUUGAAAGGAAAAAGGUACAGAGAGGGUGUAUGCAUAUUUUUUUGGGGGGAGGUUGGAGGAUUGUAUGAUGGAAAAGUAGAGGUAGCUAACAUAUUGUUUUUGUUCCUCAUGUGAUUUGUAAUGCAAAGUAAAAUUUAUCCCAUUUUACUUGUGAACACAAAUGCAACUUGCUUUCUUGUAAGAUUUCGUGUGAAGAUUAGAUUAAAGAUGCUUCUAUUUGGGUCAA